AUGCCGGGGGCGAGGGUGUAUCGAUACCGGAUGUUUGAUCUGGUCACCGAUAGGAAGACUCCGAGUUUUGGCAGGGGUGAUAACACAUCACUAUCGAAUUUCUUUUCGAUGGCAUUUGAUCUGAUCGAUUCGAUCAAUUUAAACGUCACCAAAACCGAUAACGACGACAAAAAUUUCAAAAUAUUAUCACCGCGAAUCGCUCCGAUUUUGCCUGAAAGGACCAAGAAAAGACAUCAUCUGUUAUCACCGUCCAUAUUGCCGUUGUAUAGUGAUGACAGUGCAGAUAGUAUAGCACCAUUGCCUGAGGUGCUAAAAGCGACGGGGAUAUCGGAAAAGGACCGCGAUGCGAUACUAGAGAUGGUGAUGGAUAUAUCGGGGGCGAAGAGGUCUGUGGAGGGGGUGAUGGAGAUAUUGAAGGGGAUGAAUUUUGUGGGGUUUGAGAGCGAGGUGUUGGAGGCAACUGAACGUCUGACGAAAUUAUUCAAGAAUCUGGAGAAAUCGUUUAAUAAAUGGCAACGAAAAGAUAUGAAACAACGUGGAUUCACAUUUUUAGAGAGAAAUCAAUUGCAGAAAUUAUUCAGAGAACACGGAAUAAAAAAUGGUAGAGAUGUUAAUUUCGACUUGGAUUCAUAUUCAAAAUUGAGCAAAAGCGAUCGUGAAGAGUCGUUGUGGCAAACAAUCGAACGUAUUGCAUACAACCGGAGUGUGGUGGAUAGCACCAGUAAUACGAUCGUGGCGAACGAUAAUAAUAAUAAUAAUAGUAUAAGUAAUGGCAAUAAUGUUGUUAUAUGCAAUGGUUAUGAUGUUAAUGGUAAUGGGUCGAAUUGCCAAAAUCGUGUGCGGACGAAACGCCAAACGGAGAUAUCAGUUCUGCAGCCGACCGUGUUGUCGCCGUUCAUGUUCACGCCGGUGACUGGCCUGACGGUGUUGGGGCCGACCGUGCUCUCGCCGUCGAUCUUCUCGGUGCUGCUGGUCAAUCCGUCCGUAGUCAGUCCAUAUGUGAUGUCACCCGCGUUCAUUCUGCCCUUUAUUUUGUCCCCCUACCUUCUGUCACCCUACGUGCUGUCACCCAUUUUCGCCGCGCCAUUUGUCUUGUCCCCCUACUUUUUGUCACCGAAUGUCCUCAACCCCUACAUAUUCUCGCCGCUAAUUUUGUCCCCAAUGGUGUUGGCGCCCGAUGUGAUAUCGCCGCAAGCGUUCGGCGGUGCCAUUCUGUCGCCGUCGGUGCUGUCGCCGAGCGUUUUGACCGAAACUGUGCUCAUGGCAUCGGUGUUGUCGCCAUCAUUUUUGUCAUGA